CAAUAGACCUUUUGAAAAAUGUCCAAGUACAUGCAAUAUUUGGACCGCAAGCAUCGACCCAAGCAGAUUUUGUCAUAGAUAUUGCGAACAAUCUGAGGUUCCUAUAGUUUCUACCGCAACAAGUCCUGCUCUCUCACCCAAUAAAAGUCCCUACUUCAUCCGAACAGCACAGUGUUCAUCCUUUCAGGUUAAAGCAAUUGCAGCCAUUGUUAAAGCCUUCAAUUGGAGGGAGGUAGUGUUAGUCUAUGAAGACAGCACCUUUGGAAGUGGGACAAUUCCUUAUCUAACUGAUGCCCUUAUAGAGGUCAAUGCCCGGGGUGUUUGUGGUGCAUAUGUUACCCUCUACUACCUCGCGCUUUUUUCUAAAGGCGAAAGAAGUUGGAAUAUUAGCAAGGGAUAUGCCUGGAUCAUCACAGAUGUUCUUGCAAGCCUAUUGGAUUCUACAGAUUCUACGUUUAUAAACUCUAUGCAAGGAGUUCUAGGGGUGAAGCCUAAUAUUCCAAGAUCCGACGAGCUCAACAACUUCACUCGGAGAUGGAAGAGGAGAUUUCGCCAAGAGAACCCAGACAUGGAUGAAAUUGAGCUAGAUGUGUAUGGGAUAUGGGCGUAUGACAGUGUUACGGCAUUAGCAAUGGCAAUAGAGAGAACCAGUAGUGCUCCCCUACGAUUCAAGCAACAACCAGCCACUAGAGAGAAUACGACAGACUUAGCAGCUAUUGGAACCUCAGAAUGGGGACCAAAACUAGUAGAGUCUAUCAGGAAUAUCAGAUUCAAAGGAUUAAGUGGUGAUUUCCAUAUUGUUGAUGGACAAUUACAGCCAUCGGCCUACGAAAUAGUGAAUGUAAUGGGAAAUUAUGGGGGGAGGAGGAUUGGGUUUUGGACUGAAAAACAUGGCAUUUCUGAUCAAGCUAAGACAAAUGGUAGGGUUGUGUACACAGCUAAUGCCGAUGAUCUCAAAGCAAUCAUUUGGCCAGGAGAAAUUAGUGUAGUCCCAAAAGGUUGGGAAAUGCCCACAAGUGGAAAGAAGUUAAAGUCGAUGAAGACUGGAGAGGCAGUCGAUGAAGAUUGUUUGUUGCCUGAGCAGUCAGCAGUUGGUGGCAGUCGGUGGAAGGCUUGGUAUGGGUUUUGGCAGUUUGCCAGUGAGGCAGUCUCAGUGGAGGCUAAGGUUAGGGAGAAGUUUGUUCCUUUUGAAUCUCCUGGUAGUGAAUAUAAUGAGCUUGUUUACCAGAUCUUUCGUGAGAAAUUUGAUGCUGUAGUUGGCGAUGUAACCAUCUUAGCAAACCGCUCCAAGUACGUUGAUUUCACAUUACCAUUCACAGAAUCUGGUGUCGUAAUGAUCGUUCCAAUCAAGUAUGAUGAGAGGAAGAAUGCAUGGAUUUUCAUGAAACCUCUAACAGCUGACCUCUGGUUAACAACCGGGGCAUUUUUUGUGUUCAUUGGCGCUGUGGUUUGGGUUCUUGAGCAUCGCGUAAACAAAGAAUUCCGAGGCCCACCUAGCAAACAAGUUGGAAUGAUAUUGUGGUUCUCCUUCUCAACGCUUGUUUUCGCCCACAAAUAUUCUGAAAUGAUAUCUCGCACUCGGAGAAGAGAAGUUAAUAAGCAACUUAUCAAGAUUUGUGGUGAUCGUUUGGGUGUUCGUGGUGCUGUCCAAAAGCUUCAACCGACGAUCACUGAUAUCAACGAUCUGAUUCGGAAUGGGGAGUAUGUUGGGUACCAGAUUGGUUCCUUUGUUGAGGAACUUUUGAAUGGUUCCUUUGUUGAGGAACUUUUGGUGAAAAAGAAGUUGGACAAGUCCAAGUUCAGAGCGUACGGCACACUUGAAGAGUAUGAUGAUGCCCUCACCAAAGGCAGUAGAAAUGGAGGCGUUGCUGCAAUUGUUGAUGAGCUCCCUUAUAUCAGGCUCUUCUUUGCAAAAUAUUGUAGAAAGUAUACCAUUGUUGGUCCCACCUACAAGACUGCAGGCUUUGGAUUUGCAUUUCCAAUGGGUUCUCCCCUCGUACCUGAGGUUUCAAGAGCAAUCUUGAACGUGACAGAAGGAGAUAAAAUGACAAGAUUUACGCAAAAAUGGUUAGGGGAUAAGGCUGACUGUCCGGAGCAAGAUGGAGCAGUUGUCACCUCGGAUUGCCUGAAACUACAAAGUUUUAUGGGCCUUUUCCUCAUCGCCGGGAUAUCAUCAUCUUUAGCUCUCAUUAUUUUCUUAUUGAUAUUUCUACAUGAGAACAGGGACGUAUUAGCCUCCCAUGAUUCUGUCUGGCAAAAGCUCGUUGCAAUGGCGAAAAUUUUUGACGAGGAAAAAGAGAAUUCUCGUAAUGUUUCCAAAAAGAUGACAACUGAACCAAAUGAUCACGAGCUGGCCACAACAGCUAAUGCAGUUCCAGAAGAUAUUAUAGCUGCUGGCUCUCCACAAAGUCCAGCCAUCAGCAUUUCCCACUACGGGGACGGGGACGGCAUUUUCUCUCAGGACGAAGGGUUCUCUACCACAGAACCGGGAACUCCGAUCCAUGACUCCAUAGCCAUUACAGAAACUAUUAGAGAAAGAUGA